CGCGGGGCCGGUUCAGCGGCAGGGACGAGCUCAUGGCCCCGGGAGGGGCCCCGGCCCCCGGGGCUCUGCUCUGCGCCCUGCUCUGGGCUGUAGCGGCGGCGGCGGUGGCGGGGGACGGCCCCGGGGGCAGCCCCUUGCCCGGCUCCUUCGGCCGCGUCUACCGGGGCACCGUGAACAUCAACGCGGAGCGGGUCUACGCCUUCGCUUACAGCAGCGAGCCCGGUCAGGUAGAUGCAGUGCGGGUGUACGUGAACAGCAGCUCUGAGAACCUCCAAUAUCCUGUCCUGUUUGUAGUUCGCCAACAGAAGGGAGUGCUGUCAUGGCAGGUCCCACUAAUUUUUCGAGGCCUCUAUCAGAGGACCUACAAUUACCAAGAAGUGAGUCGGACCCUCUGUCCUUCUGAGCCAACACCUGAGACGGGACCUUCUGACCAGAUUAUAUUUGUGGAUGUCGCUUCCAUGGCACCAUUUAAUAUUGCAUAUGAGCUGCUAGUCACCAGGCUCGAGAACUUCCAACUUGAGACCAACAAAGCCUUUAACUUCACUGCCAGCCCUUCCCAGCCCCAGUAUUUUCUGUACAAAUUUCCUCAGGAUGUCGAUUCAGUCAUUAUUAAAGUGGUGUCUGAUGCAGUCUACCCAUGCUCGGUUGUCUCCGUCCAGGAUAUUGUGUGCCCAGUGUAUGACCUGGACCAUAAUGUGGAGUUCAAUGGUGUUUACCAGUCUAUGACUAAGCAGGCAGCCAUAACUGUGCAGAGAAAGGACUUCCCAGGUGAGCAGUUCUUCGUUGUGUUUGUCAUCAAGCCAGAGGAUUAUGCCUGUGGGGGUUCCGUGCCUUCUUCCAUUCAUGGGAAUGUCAACCGUACCUGGAACCUGCAGCGGACAAAGAACCUUCAAGUGACGAUUGUGCCCUCUAUAAAAAAGUCCGUUUAUGUCCAGGCCAUGUUCUUCAGCUUCCUGAGUUUCCUCUCCUUUUACCUGGGCUCGGUGGUUGUUGCCUUUGUGCACUACAUCAGGGUUCGGAGGAAGGCUUCAGCUGGGAGAUUGAGUCCUGAGGAUGGAUCUGGGAUUAUGGCAUCUUCGCACCCCAUCACAGCCAGCACCCCUGAGGGAAGCAGCUAUGGUGCUAUUGACGAGUCAAGCUCCAGUGGUGGACAUCAGUUGUCUUCCCCUGAGCGUGGGCCACCUGCUGGUUCUGACACAGACAGCUCUGUAGAGGAGGAGAGUGACUUUGACACCAUGCCAGAAAUUGAAAGUGAUAAGAACGUCAUCCGCACUAAGGUGUUCCUUUAUCUAUCAGACUUGUCCAGGAAGGACCGAAGGAUUGUCAGCAAAAAAUACAAAAUCUAUUUCUGGAACAUCAUCACCAUUGCAGUGUUUUAUGCCCUGCCGGUCAUCCAGCUUGUCAUCACUUACCAGACGGUAGUGAAUGUGACGGGUAAUCAGGACAUCUGCUACUACAACUUUCUGUGCGCCCAUCCCCUUGGGGUGCUGAGUGCCUUCAACAACAUCCUCAGCAAUGUGGGCCACAUGCUGCUGGGUUUUCUUUUCCUCCUCAUUGUGUUGCGCAGGGACAUUCUCCACCGUCGGGCCAUGGAGAUAAAAGAUGUCUAUACCCUGGACUAUGGGAUCCCAAAGCAUUUUGGUCUCUUUUAUGCUAUGGGCAUUGCUCUGAUGAUGGAAGGGGUGCUCAGUGCCUGUUAUCACGUCUGCCCUAAUUACUCCAAUUUCCAGUUUGACACCUCCUUCAUGUACAUGAUCGCAGGACUGUGCAUGCUCAAGCUCUACCAGACCCGCCACCCAGACAUCAAUGCCAGUGCCUACUCUGCCUAUGCCUCGUUUGCUGUGGUGAUCUGUCUGGCCGUCCUUGGAGUGGUGUUUGGGAAAAAUGACAUGUGGUUUUGGAUCAUUUUCUCAAUGAUCCAUGUUUUGGCCUCUCUGGCUCUCAGCACCCAGAUCUACUACAUGGGCCGCUUCAAGAUCGACUUGGGGAUAUUUCGACGGGCAACGAUGGUACUGUACACGGACUGUAUCCAGCAGUGCAGUCGACCAAUGUACAUGGACAGGAUGGUGCUGCUCAUUGUUGGAAACCUGGUCAACUGGUCCUUUGCUAUCUUUGGGCUGCUGUAUCGGCCCAGAGACUUUGCCUCCUACAUACUGGGGAUCUUUAUCUGUAACCUGUUGCUGUAUCUGGCUUUCUACAUCAUCAUGAAGCUCCGCAGCUCUGAGAAGCUCCUGCCCAUCCCCAUGUUCUGCAUCAUGGCCACGGCAGUGGUGUGGGCAGCUGCCCUCUACUUCUUCUUCCAGAACCUCAGCAGCUGGGAGGAGACUCCAGCAGAGUCCCGGGAAAAGAACCGUCCAUGCAUCCUGCUGGGCUUCUUCGAUGACCAUGAUGUCUGGCACUUCCUCUCUGCGGCUGCCUUGUUCUUCUCCUUUCUGGUCCUGCUGACCCUGGAUGAUGACCUGGACGUGGUGCGCAGGGACAAGAUCCCAGUGUUCUGAGUCCUCAGGGCACAGGGGCGCAGGGACGUCCCAAACUGCUCAGCCAAAGGCACUGGGCCAACUGGUGUCUGUGGGGAAUGAGCUUGCUUCCAUGGCCAACAACCCCGUGGGAGCAGGGGAGCCAGAUCCCACAGCAAGCACGAAGGGGUGCUGCGGUAACUGAGGCAGGACUGGGAGGGAAGACAACACUUGCUGCUUUCCUACCGCAUCCUCUGGGGCAGGCACGACCCAGGGGCCGAGGACAGUGCCCAGCCCUCCGGCUUGUAGGUGCAGUGGGUGCUGGAGCCAGUGAAGAGGGAGGAAACUGGAGGUGUGUUUGAGACCUUUGCUUCCCUUCGUCCCUGCUGAUGUGCUCCGCUUCCUCUCCAGUGAGCAGGCUUGAUAAGUGUAAUGCAGCUCCUCCUGCAUCUGCAACUGGCACCUGUACCCUGCAGGCUGCUGCCCUCGGAGAGUCCCUUUGGCAGCACAGGGAGAGAAUUUGGUUCCUGUCCUGCAGCCGCCGAGGGAGCAAAGGACUCCAAACUGAGGUGGAAGUAGGGGACUGUUUUCUCUUUUUUGUUGGAGAGGCUCCCCCCUCCUGUAGCUGGUGGGGAGCCAUGGUAACAAGAGACUGCAGUGUUGGAGGGGAAAUGGUGGACUAGAGCUGCCCAUGAGUGCUCUACUAGAGGCAGAAUCUCCCGCCUUGCUCUUGCAGCCUCUCUCACUUACUCACAUUGAACAGCCUCACUUCACUCUGGUGACUCCUACACAGGCACUUGCCAGCGUGAUGGUCUCUUUCACAGCACCAGAAGUGCUGUCCUCAAGUGACCGUAAGAGAGAUGGUGUGGCGAAGCCGCAGCCUUGCAUGCUGGGCAGCUCCUUGGCAGCUCCUGCUGUGUGGCCUUGCUAAAGGGGCAAGGUGGAAUGGGGAGGCUGUCCAGCAGCCUCAGACUUUUUCCUCCCACAAGCUUGCUUUGGGAAAACUUGGCAAAACAGGUUUCCUUAUAGGCUGGGAGUGUGGAGGAGGUUUUGGGGCGGUUGGGGUUGAGCUCUUCAGCUAAAGAUCUGGACCAAACUUUUUUUUGUCUCCAACUUUUCUGCAUCUGAAACAAGUUUUUAAAUGGCUUCUGCAUUCUUCCUGAAUUCUUAGUUAUUUAAAAAACAAGAAUAAGGUGUGAAUUAUUUCAGGCCUUGCAUCUAAAAUGUGACCUGUUUUGCUAAUUUUGAAUUAAAAAGUAUUCUUUGAGGCCUGCUGUCCUUAUUCUUGUCAUUGUCUGAGCACUUUUCCUUUGAUGUAUGUGCAUGUAGUCAGUGAUGCAAAGGCUCCAUUCCACUUGUGCUUACCAAAGCAGAUGACUAUGGUAAUUUUCUACUCCAAGAAGCCUGUAUCUCCUAGCUUUUAAGGUUUUAAACUAGCUGGUUUUUAUUUUUUCUAAGUUGGAGUUUUUCAAGAUGGUCAAUAAAAUGAAUGUUCCUAGCUCCCUGCUCUGCAGGUUGAUUGGAAUUCUUCUUGCUCCAGCUCUCAGCAGCAGCAGAGAGCACUUGGGGCAGAGGGGUGCCAGCUGCUGUCAUCCUUAGGACCCUUGCAAACAGUUUCCUGAGCAUAGGUGCAGAUGACUUGCUUGUUCUCUUAAGCAAAUUGCCUUUGAGAGGCUAAAUAGAGUAAAGAACAGACACUAUUGUUUGUCACUGUAGCCCCUUUGGCAGAGUGGAGGAGGAAUGACAAAAGAGGCUGCCAGCCGCUAUCUUCCUGAGCAGAGCUGCACUGCUCCGGAGAUGUAGCUGCGUUUCAGGCAGGGUGUGCCAGAACACGCAGAAGGUGGCAGCGGUCUCUGUGU